GGUACCGCUUCGUCUUGCUACUGUUGGUACGUUGCUGUACCCGGAGAUGAUUGCUCUAAGAUUGAUAGCCAGUACAGUAUCACAUUUGCACAGCUGAGGGCAUGGAAUCCAUACUUGGACAGUACCUGCAGCAACCUCUGGGUGGACUACGCUUAUUGUGUG